ACCCAAACGCAACUGGUCGUAGCGGGUCGUAGGCCGUACACCGCAUGAGCACAUGAUUCUCAUCUUCGACUUCAUUUGCAACACAUAAUGGGCAAAUCCUCUCCUCCCUAGGUCGUCCAUAGGCGCGGUUGGCAGUAAGCGGCCAGCAGCAUAGGCGGAACCUCAUCAAGGCCUUGUGAUGCGCAACUGGUAUAAAUGCUCUACUGUGCCCUUGCAUGCAUGGGCCGCAUGCAAACCUUCCAGAAGAACAUGCACUGGCGCUCCUGCCCUGCCGGUCUACUUUAUUACUAUCGUGCAUUACUUGCCCCUGUAUUUGACGUGUGGUUGUCGAUCAUGAUGGCACGAACUGGUGCUAUCUUUGUCGCGCUCGCCGUUCUGGCAACACUGGCCAGCGCGAUAUCUGAUCAGGGCAUCGUGUACCUGGAUGAUUAUACGUUCGACAAGGUGGUGGACGGGUCCCGUGAUGUGCUAGUGCGCUUUGAUAAGGAGUAUGCUUGGGGAGAUGAGCAUGACGCCUUCAAGGACCUGGCGAAGAAGGUGGGCGAGGCCGGCACCUCGGUGCUGGUGGCCAGUGUGCCUGUGGCCAAGCGGGAGUUCGAGCCCAAGAACGUGGAACUGGCGGAGAAGUACAAGGCUGACGACGAGGGCAAGUUCCCGCUCUACUACAUCUUCCGCAAGGGCGCCACCGAGCCGCUGCGCUACACCGGCGCCGGCAAGAAGGCCAACGACCUGCUGGCCUGGUUGGCACAGAACACCGGGGCCUUCUUCGGCCUCAAGGGUCAGGUGAAGGAGCUGGACGCGUUGGCUCGGGAGCUGAUGGCGGCGGCGGACGCGGCGGGCCGCAAGGCGGUGCUGGCCAAGGCCGAGGGGCUGCUGGGCGGCGUGGCGGCGGAGCACCAGGAGGCCGCAAAGUACUACGUCAAGGUGAUGGGAAAGGCGGUGGAGUCCCCAGAGCACCCCGCCGCCGAGUCCAAGCGCCUCAGCGGCCUGGUGGGCGGCAAGAUGAGUGACGACAAGCGCGCGGCCAUGCAGCUCAAGCUGAACGUGUUGGCAUCCUUUGCCGGCAGCGCCCGCGCCAGCGCCAAGUCGGACAAGGCAGAUCUGUAGAGCUUGUACUCUUUGGGUUCACUAGCAGGACUGAGGACGCCUGGCAUCUGGGUGGCAUGCCAAUUUUGCGCCGGUGUGCGGACCUGCAAUGAUGAGCAUCGACGUGUGUACGCGAACCGGAGAUUCCUUGUGUCGGGUGGAGGGUGCUAGCCAGCAAGAUCGUAUGAGCUACAGUACAAGGACGGCAGUGAGGACGGGAAGAGACUGGAUGAUAACGCCGUAAGGGCGGUGUCACGGUGACAGGUUCGGACCAUGUCAGCGAUUUCGGCAGAGACGUACGAGAGACGGGCGGGAGCGCACACCGUCACAUACCAUUGAGAUGUGAGGUGCCCAACUGGCGUACCGGCCGGCUCGUGCGGUUGUAUGGGCGUGUGCUUGCUACUGCUUCCUCGCUUGCCAGGCACGCAAGCCUCAGCCCCACCAUGUGUCCAGCCAGUGGAACUGGCCGGUCGCUGAUACGGGCGAGCCCCUGUGCUAACAAUACGCGGCCGCAUGCUUGAGCAGGCACCCGCGCCUGAGGCCAGUCUUGCGGUAUCAGCAGCCGUCAGUAGGCAGGGCACGCUUUCCAGGACGUUGCAGGACACGCGGGAUUGAGCGCGAGCGGCGGGCCAAUCUCAGCGAGAACCCACUGCGCUUUUUAUUCCGCAACCCU